GGCGAACAAGAUGCCGGGAAAGGGGUGGAAAUGCGGAGGCUGGUGCUCAAGGACUUUCUGGCCAGCGAGGAGAUGUACAUCAACCAGCUGGAGGCGCUGCUGUUGCCGAUGAAGCCGCUGAGGGCCACGGCCACCACCUCCCAGCCCGUCCUCACCAUCCAGCAGAUAGAGACCAUCUUCUACAAGAUCCAGGACAUCUACGAGAUCCACAAGGACUUCUACGACAGUCUCUGGCCCCACGUGCACAACUGGGACAGCGAGGUGGUCCUCGGGCACCUCUUCCAGAAGCUGGCUUCCCAGCUGGGGGUUUACAAAGCUUUUGUGGACAACUAUAAAAUUGCACUGGAGACAGCUGAAAAAUGCAGCCAAAAUAACAUUCAGUUCCAGAAAAUAUCAGAGGAGCUGAAAGUGAAGGGGACCCACAGUUUUGUCACCAUGGAAGCGUUGCUGUAUAAACCUAUAAAUCGCGUUACUCGAAGCACCAACGUGUUACACGAUCUGCUGAAGCACACGCCCUCAGACCACCCCGACUACCCGCUGCUCCAGGACGCCCUUCGGAUUUCCCAGAACUUCCUCUCCAGCAUCAAUGAGGACAUUGAUCCCCGCAGAACGGCCGUCACCACGCCCAAAGGAGAGACCCGUCAGCUGGUCAAAGAUGGCUUCUUGGUGGAGGUGGCCGAGGGCUCUCGCAAGCUGCGCCACGUUUUCCUCUUUACGGACGUGCUGCUCUGUGCCAAGUUGAAGAAAACGGGAGUGGGAAAACACCAACAGUAUGAGUGCAAGUGGUACAUCCCUUUGGCUGAGCUGGUCUUCCCAUCGUUGGAAGAGUCAGACCUGUGUCCGCACGUCCAGGCCAUGCCUGACCAUGAUCUGGAAGACAUGAAAAUCAAGAUUUCCUCGAUGAAGAGUGAAGUGCAGAAGGAGAAGGCCAACAAAGGCCAGAGCCGAGCCAUGGAGCGCCUCAAGAAGAAGAUGUUUGACAACGAGUUCUGGCUGCUGCUCAACUCGCCCUCCAUCCCCCUGCGGAUCCACAACCGCAACGGCAAGAGCUACCUGUUCCUUCUGUCCUCGGACUACGAGCGGUCGGAGUGGAGGGAGGCGAUCCAGAAGUUGCAGAAGAAAGAUCUCCAGACCUUUGUGCUGAGUUCUGUGGAACUGCAAUUUCUGAUGGGAUCCUGUUUCAAGCUACGGACUGUUCACAACAUUCCUCUCACCAGCAACGCAGAUGACGAUCAACCUCCAGGAAUGUGUGGGUUUUUGCACGUGAUCGUCCACUCGGUCAAGGGCUUCAAGCAAUCUGCCAACCUCUACUGUACCCUCGAAGUGGACUCCUUUGGGUACUUUGUGAGCAAGGCCAAAACGCGAGUUUUCCGGGACACCACUGAGCCGCAGUGGAACGAGGAAUUUGAGAUUGAGCUGGAAGGCUCGCAGUAUCUGCGCAUCCUCUGCUACGAGAAAUGCUUUGACAAGACCAAGGUGAACAAGGACAACAACGAAAUUGUGGACAGGAUCGUGGGCAAGUGGCAAGUCCAGCUGGACCCCCAGACAGUGCAGACCAAGAACUGGCACUUGGAUGUGAUUGAGAUGAAUGGGGUCAAAGUGGAAUUUUCCAUGAAAUUCACAAGCCGGGACAUGAGCCUCAAAAGAACCCCCUCCAAAAAGCAAACGGGGGUCUUUGGAGUCAAAAUCAGCGUGGUCACCAAGCGUGAGCGCUCCAAAAUACCAUAUGUCGUGCGCCAGUGUGUGGAGGAAGUAGAGAAACGGGGCAUUGAUGAAGUCGGCAUCUACAGGAUCUCAGGGGUGGCCACCGACAUCCAGGCCUUGAAAGCCGCCUUUGAUUCCAACAGCAAAGAUAUCCUGGUGAUGCUGAGCGACAUGGAUAUCAACGCCAUCGCGGGGACCCUGAAGCUGUACUUCCGCGAACUCCCUGAACCUCUCCUUACUGACCGGCUUUAUCCAACUUUUAUGCAAGGCAUCGCGCUUUCGGACCCCUCGGCCAAGGAAAACUGCAUGCUGCACCUUCUACGUUCCCUUCCCGACCCCAACCUCAUCACAUUCCUCUUUCUGCUGGAACACUUGAAACGGGUUGCCGAGAAGGAGUCCAUCAACAAAAUGUCCCUGCACAAUCUGGCCACUGUGUUUGGCCCGACGUUGUUGAGACCUUCUGAAGCGGAGAGCAAAGGGCAUCUCAGUCUGGCCUCGGACAUCUGGUCUCACGAUGUUAUGGCGCAGGUCCAGGUGCUGCUAUACUAUUUGCAGCAUCCGCCCGUCUCCUUUGCCGAGCUCAAACACAACGCACUCUACUUAUCCACGGAUGUGUAG